CAUAUUGGAACCAGGAGCUCUUGUAUAAGACUAGCCUGCUGACAGUGUACAGAUAACACACGGCCGUGCUCUGCGGUAUCUCCUCUGCUGCACACAUAAGUGUUUGUUGCUUAUAUUUGUGCUUUAGAUCUGUACUGACACACAGAGGAGGAUGUCUGCGACUGUGAAUAAUCCCUUUCAACAUAUAGUUGAGCCUCUGGACCCCACUGACCCAAAUAAGCAGUUUUACAAUCUUUCCAAACUCGGAGAUCCAAGAUAUGAUCAUCUGCCCUUCUCCAUCCGGGUUCUCCUGGAGUCUGCGGUCAGGAACUGUGAUGGGUUUCUGGUAAAGCGCUCAGAUGUCGAAAGCAUCCUCAACUGGAAGCAGACCCAGACUCAAACUGUGGAGGUACCAUUCAGACCAGCUCGGGUCAUCCUCCAGGACUUCACUGGUGUCCCUGCAGUGGUGGACUUUGCUGCCAUGCGUGAUGCAGUGAUGAAACUAGGUGGUGACCCAGAGAAGAUUAAUCCUGUUUGCCCUGCUGAUCUCGUCAUUGAUCAUUCCAUCCAAGUGGACUUUAACAGGAAGUCUGAUAGCCUUCAGAAAAACCAGGACUUGGAGUUUGACCGCAACAGAGAGAGAUUUCAGUUCUUAAAGUGGGGCUCUAAAGCCUUCAGGAACAUGCGGAUCAUUCCUCCUGGUUCGGGGAUUGUUCACCAGGUCAACCUGGAGUACUUGGCUCGAGUGGUUUUUAACUAUGCUGGGUACUUCUACCCUGAUAGCCUGGUGGGCACCGAUUCCCACACCACAAUGAUUGAUGGGCUGGGAGUCCUGGGCUGGGGUGUGGGUGGAAUUGAGGCGGAGGCUGUCAUGCUGGGUCAGCCAAUAAGCAUGGUCCUGCCUGAGGUGGUGGGAUACAAGCUGUCCGGGACCCCAGACAAGUUCAUUACCUCCACUGACAUUGUCCUCACAGUUACUAAGCACCUCCGUCAGGUGGGUGUUGUUGGGAAGUUUGUGGAGUUUUUUGGCCCAGGUGUUGCUCAGCUGUCCAUUGCUGACAGAGCCACCAUUGCCAACAUGUGUCCAGAGUACGGAGCCACAGCAGCUUUCUUCCCCGUGGACAACGUCAGCAUUCAGUACCUCAAGCAGACCGGGAGAGAAGCAGAGCAGCUGGCCUACAUUACAAAGUACCUGAAGGCAGUUGCCAUGUUCAGAGACUACAACGAUGUCUCUCAGGAUCCAGAUUACACUCUGGUUGUACAGCUGGAUCUGAGCACCGUGGUUCCAUGCUGCAGCGGCCCCAAAAGACCUCAGGACAGAAUUGCUGUGUCUGACAUGAAAACCGACUUUGAAACCUGCCUGGGAGCAAAGCAAGGUUUCAAGGGUUUCCAGGUGGCUCCGGAGCGUCACGGCACUGGGGUCCCCUUCCAGUUUGAUGGGAAAGAGUAUACGUUAAGCCACGGCUCUGUGGUCAUCGCUGCCAUCACCAGCUGCACCAACACAAGCAACCCAUCCGUCAUGCUUGGAGCCGGGCUCCUUGCAAAAAAAGCAAUAGAGUGUGGCUUGAGUGUGAAGCCGUACAUAAAGACCAGCCUGUCACCAGGCAGUGGCGUGGUCACCACCUACCUAAAGGAGAGUGGUGUUAUGGACUACCUCUAUCAGCUGGGCUUUGAGGUUGUUGGCUAUGGUUGCAUGACCUGUAUAGGCAACAGUGGGCCACUCCCAGAGCCGGUGGUGAACGCCAUAACCCAGGGAGAUCUGGUUGCUGCAGGUGUCCUAUCAGGGAACCGAAACUUUGAAGGGAGAGUCCACCCCAACACCAGAGCAAACUACCUGGCUUCUCCACCACUAGUCAUCGCCUAUGCUAUAGCCAGCACUGUGAGGAUAGACUUUGAGAAAGAGCCCGUUGCCAUUAACUCUGAAGGCAAAGAGAUUUUCCUGAGGGAUAUCUGGCCCACACGGGAGGAGAUCCAGGCUGUGGAGAGAAUGUUUGUCAUCCCAUCCAUGUUCAAAGAAGUCUAUGAGAAGAUUGAGAAAGUGAAUGAACGCUGGAACUCUCUGGUUGCUCCCUCUGACAAGCUGUAUACCUGGGACCCCAAAUCAACCUACAUCAAGUCACCACCGUUCUUUGAUGGUUUGACCAAGGAGCUGAAGCCACCCAAGUCCAUACAUGACGCCUACGUGCUGCUGAACUUUGGAGACUCUGUCACCACUGACCACAUUUCUCCUGCUGGGAACAUCGCCAGGAACAGCUCCGCAGCACGCUACCUGACCAACAGGGGUUUGAGCCCUCGUGACUACAACUCGUACGGCUCGCGUCGAGGUAACGACGAUGUCAUGGCCAGAGGGACGUUUGCCAACAUCCGCCUCUUUAACAAGUUCCUCAACAAGCAGGCGCCACAAACCAUUCACCUGCCAACUGGAGAAACGCUGGAUGUGUUUGAUGCUGCAGAGAGAUACCAGCAGUCCGGCGUCCCUCUGCUGGUUCUCGCAGGGAAGGAGUACGGCUCGGGCAGCUCCAGAGACUGGGCAGCUAAGGGCCCCUUCCUACUGGGUAUUAAGGCAGUUGUGGCAGAGAGCUAUGAGCGGAUCCACCGCAGUAACCUAGUUGGGAUGGGAGUGAUUCCUCUGGAGUAUUUAGAAGGAGACACCGCUGACAGCCUGGGACUGACCGGCCGAGAGCGCUACACCAUCCUCAUCCCCGAGCAGCUCACGCCCCGGAUGAUAGUCGACGUCAAGCUCGACAGCGGGAAAACAUUCCAAGUGCGGAUGAGAUUCGACACGGACGUGGAGCUGGCGUAUUUCCGCCACGGAGGCAUCCUCAACUACAUGAUCCGCAAGAUGUCCGAAAACUAACACGCCAAGUACAGCACGGAGCCAGAGCAACACGUGUCAUUUUCUAAUUCUCAGCUGCAGUCUUAACAUGACAGCAGUGUAACGGUUUACAGAAGAAUAACGUCCAAUCAAUGUCCAUGUACAGCCAUUUACAAAGAGUUGAUUUACAGCCAGAAAACACCGAUGUUCUAUUUUUUGAGAAUGCUGCUACUUUCUUUAGUCGCUGAACAGACCUGUGUGGGGGGGAGGGGAUAUAUAUAUAUAUAUAUAUAUAUAUAUAUAUAAACAUAAACACACACAGUAGAUGCCAUUACAACGUGGGUCUUAUUUUUGUCUUUUAGGUCUUUAUCAGUUAUGAUUAUAUUUGUUUGCCACUCUCUAGAGCUGUUAGGAUUCCAGCCGCUGUGCUCAGUCAGUAGUACUACAUGUAGGUUAUCCCGUCAACCCCCCAACUGUUUCUAUCCUUUUGGUGGGAAUGUUCUCCUUGUUUCAUUAGUGAAUAUUGCAUUGGGUUGCUAUAUCUACAUAGUUGCAUUCAGUGUGAUAAUGCGUUGUGAUCACAGUGCGCAGAAGGGUUACAAUGGAGGUGGUGUUGUUAGAUGAGCUCUUUUCAAUAUGCUUCCAUAUGUUUUUCAUUCUCAAAAAUCUCUACCAGCAUCAGAAAACACAAAUGGCCAAUCACAGUAGCCGCCGUAGCCCCUUAAAGCAGAAGAAAGACUUACAUCUAGGCAUGGGCCGGUUACCGGUUUCAAGGUACACCAAGGUUUCAAAACCACUAACAUUUUCUGUCAAACCGUUCCUAAGGUAUGAGCUGUUUUUUCAUGAUUCUUCAAGGACAGAAAGUGCAGUUUAGAAAUCCCUCUCCCUUGUUUUUCACCCAGACAUUUCAAAAAUAAUACAUUUAUAGCUGUCAUUGCAAUACCGUGAACCUGUGGCAUUUUUGUCAGAAUCUCUCUUCCAUCUUCAGCUGCUAUGUUCAAGGUUCCCUGGGGAGUUUUGGACCUUUUUAGUAGCAAUAUAGAGAAAGGUUUUUGUGUAGCUCCUGUGCAUGAUGUGACGCGAUACAUAUUCCAGUUAAUAGUUUGACACUAUUCCACUGAUCAACAGGUGGCAGUAAUGUGCAAAUAUAUACAACAAAGGCAGGGAAGAAAAAGUUAGGAACCAUUGAUUAAAAGUCCACAGCAAUGCCUUAGUUAGAAAUGACGAAAAGACCCAUGUUGUAAUAAUGCUGAAAUCUUCUUUUAAAAAUAAGGACCAUGUUGAGAUUCAAUAAUAUAUUAUUCUUGACUUUGAGUGAACUUUAUUUACAUAUCAGCUUUUAAGCCAAUACAGAUGAGAAGUCCUUGAUGUGUUCAGAAAUCCAGAUCUUCCAUGACUGUGAUGAGGAAGAUCUUGUGAUAUGAUUGAAAGCUCCAGAGAAGCUACUGUAUGGACCAUGUGGUGAGGUUGUUAACUCAGGGAUUAUGUCGGUUAUAAUAUUGGUGGUGCAGGACCCUUUUUAAAUCAUAAAGGAAGAAAUUGAGUGUGUACUAGAGGUGUGAAUCUUCACUGAUCUCCCGAUUCGAUUACGAUUAUCAUGUCUUCGAUUCGAUAUCACGAUGCAUCAAAUAAAUUGUUCUAUUAAAGCCAUGUAGGAUAUUUAAUUCAUAGCU